AUGAUAUCUUACAUUCAUUUGAGUAUUGGUAUAUUAGAUGUGUCAUUUUCAAUUUUGGUUAUUGCUGAUUUUGAUGCAUCUCAUGGAAAAAAUUCAAUAACAGCUAUGAAAGCAUGUACUAAAUAUCUUCAACAAAUCAAUACACUUGUUACAUCACUACUUGUAGUUCAUAAUGAUCUUCCAACAAAUGAUUGGACAAAACUUUUUCACCUUCUUGCAGAAAAUAAAUCAUAUCAAGACGUGACUAAUGUUUAUUCGUUAUAUGAAUGA